AACAACUAAACCAAUCUGAGACUGCGCUGCCUGUGACGCGCUCUUAUCAGCCAAUUAUUACAGAUAUUUGUUUCAAACAGCUUGUCUUGUAGCCUAUCCCAACGGACCUCCCUGUCCUACAGCCUUUCUAGGUGCUUUUGUGAGUUGUGACCCGGAUGCUCUCUUGUGAUUGGUUAGUUGUUCUAAGCGGAAGAUUUUAAUUUUGUGUUCGGUUUUUUGUUUUUUUUUUGCUACGUUGUAUCUGUAACUGGUAUCGUAGUAGGGGUUCGAAUGGUAAAAUAAAAGUGCACGCAGAUGCUGUAGGGGUAGAAGGGUGUUCUGGACACAUGAUAACUUGCUUCAGACGCAGACUACUUGGCGAUGGAGAGUCGGUUCGAUAAUUAAGGAGCGUGUAACCCCCGAAUGUUCCAGACAAGUAGUGGAGGCUCGGCUGAAGUCAUGGCAGAGAAUCACAUAAUGUCAUCAGAAGCACCCCCAAAGUCCAACCAAGGCCUGCAUUUCCGUACAAAUUGCAGAAUGAUAUUAAACCUCCUUCGUGAAAAAGAUUCCUCAGUUACAUUUUCUCCUGAACAGCCUUUGACACCUGUCACUGACCUUGCUGUUGGAUUUAGUAACCUAAGUACCUUCACUGGUGAAACUCCCAAACGCUGCCUGGACUUGUCCAACCUUGGUGAUGAGACUGGGCCACUGCCAACAGAGUCCCCUGACAGAAUGUCAUUAGGCAAAGUGGAGUCACCAAAGACACAAUUUGUCCAGUUUGAUGGCCUAUUUACGCCAGAUCUAGGAUGCAAAGCCAAAAAGUGUCAGAGAGGAAACAUGAAUUCUGUUCUGCCUCGCCUUCUUUGUAGUACUCCAAGUUUUAAAAAGACCUCAGGAGGACAGAGAAGCAUGUCCAAUAAGGAAAAUGAGAGUGAAUUGUUUAAAAAUCCAAACUGCAAACCUGUUGCUUUGGUGCUGCCACAAGAAGCAGUCGAUUCACAAUUCUCUCCAGCACCAGAGGACAAGGUUGAUAUCUCCCUAGACGAGGAUUGUGAGAUGAAUAUCUUGGGUUCCCCAAUAAGUGCAGCUGCCCCUUGUUUGGAGGGACCACAUGAUGACAUCAAAAUGCAAAAUCUUGAUGGAUUUGCAGAUUUUUUUUCAGUUGAUGAAGAGGAGAUUGAGAAUCCCUCUGGAGCUGUUGGUAACUUGUCCUCUAGCAUGGCAAUUCUUCUGUCAGGACCUCUUUUAAAUCAAGAAGUAGAAGUCAGCAAUGUAAACAAUAUAUCUUUAAACAGAAGCCGUCUUUACCGCUCACCAUCUAUGCCAGAGAAACUUGACAGGCCGAUGCUUAAACGCACAGUGAGGCCACAAGACAGUGAAACACCUGUCAGAAUUAAAAGGAGACGCAGUACCAGCAGCCCCCUUCAACCUGAGGAAGAGAACUGCCAACCAAGGAGGAGGGGUACAUCUCUUAAAAAGACACUUUCUCUUUGUGACGUGGAUAUUAGCACAGUUUUGGAUGAAGACUGUGGUCACAGACAACUUAUUGGAGAUUUUUCAAAGGUUUAUGCUUUACCCACUGUAACUGGCCGACACCAGGACCUCCGCUACAUCACUGCAGAGACUCUGGCAGCCUUAAUUCAUGGAGACUUCAGCAGUUUAGUGGAGAAUGUCUUUAUAAUAGAUUGUCGUUAUCCUUAUGAAUAUGACGGCGGGCACAUCAAGGGUGCAUUAAACCUCCACCGGCAAGAGGAAGUAACUGACUACUUCCUGAAACAACCUCUGGCUCCAUCGGUGGCACAGAAGCGAUUAAUUAUAGUUUUUCAUUGCGAGUUCUCUUCUGAAAGAGGCCCAAAAAUGUGUCGCUUCCUUAGGGAGGAAGACAGAGCCAGGAAUGAGUACCCAGGCUUGUAUUACCCAGAGCUUUAUCUCCUUAAAGGCGGUUACAAGGAUUUUUUUCCUGAAUACAAGGAGCUAUGUGAGCCACAGGGCUACUGCCCAAUGCACCAUCAGGAUUUCCGGGAGGAGCUUCUGAAAUUUCGGACAAAAUGUAAGACAUCAGUUGGUGAUAGAAAGAGAAGGGAACAGAUUGCCCGCCUGAUGAAGCUUUAAUCUCAGGGCUGCUAAACUCCGUAAAAUUUUAAUUUUCCUAUACUACAACCAUCAAGACUGCUACAAGUUGACAAAAAAUUACCUUGUUUACAUCUUUGUCACUGUGAAUUUCUUUUUAUUUUUUUUACUGUGAUCUCUUUAAUAACAGUAUGUAAGAAAGUAAGUGAUGAAAAGGUACCUGUACUGCUAAUUGCUGGGAGUUCUUGUAUGAAUUAGUUCACUAGGUGGUGCUGUAUAUUUAUCAAUGCAUUGUACACUUUAUAAAGACAUUAGUGUGACUGGCACUCCAAUCAUUGAAUGGGCGUUAAAAUGGAAGUGAGCCAGUGCAAUCAAUCUUCAAGGAUAAACAUAGUAAAUCAAUGGAUUAUUUGAAAAAUA